AUGGCGCGGACCUUUGCGCGGACGUUGGCGCUCCUGGCGGCGCUCCUGGCGACCACUGGCUGGCAACAGACCACGACCGAUGCUGCGGCAAGUCGUGCGGACACGAAGAGUGUGCUCACGGGCCCCGAGAAGCUCGAGGAGCUGCAGCAGCGCGCGCGCAACGGCGUCGUGCCGUUCACGAACGCCCUGUUCACUCGCUUUGGCUUGCGCCCCGAGCGCCCGUACCACCUGGUGCUGCUCUUGACGGCGGCAUCUGCCAAGCACAAGUGUGACGCGUGUCUGAAGCUCGCGCCCGAGUUUGAGCUCCUGAGCAAGAGCUACGAAGCUGCGGCCCAAGUGAAAGUCGACACGCGCGACGGUUUGGACGUGAUUUUCGCCGUGGCGGACUUUGAAACGAACCAGGAGGUGUUCCGUUUCUACGAGCUCACGUCAGCUCCUUUUGUGGUCUAUGUGGCCCCGGAUAGCAGUCAGGACACGGGGGCUGCAGCGGUUGCGAAGGAAGAGGUCAAGCCCCAGGAUUUCUACAAUGCGUACACGCAAGGCCUUGCAGCGGAAGGGAUGGCUGUCUUUGUCCAGCAACGCACGGGCUUUGAGUUUACCAUCAUACGGUCCAAGGUGUACCUGUACGUGUUUGUGGCGGUCGCGAUCGUGGGACUCGUGGUCGCUGCCAAGCUUGUCGUGGACCAUCUGGACUUUUUGCUCAUGAAACUACGACGCAAACAGCUCUGGAUGACUGUGUCGCUGCUGUUCUACGGCCUCUCGGUGUCGGGGAUGGUCUACUGUAUCAUCCGCAACCCGCCGCCGUACGCGACCGAUCGGAAGGGCAACAUCCAGUACUUUCACUCGCAAGGCCGACAGCAGUAUGUCUACGAAGGACUGAUCGUCGGCAGCUACGACGUUGUUGCAGCUGUGUGCGUCAUUUUGCUCUCGCAGUGGGCGCUCUACGUGCGUAACCCGAUCGUGCGCCACCUCGCGAUUGUCGGCUGCGUGCUGGGCUUUCUCUUCACGUACCGUCAGAUGACGGGCGUGUACAAGAUGAAGAACCCGUGGUACAGUGGAUGGAUGGGCUUCUAG